AUGAACUCUGCUUCUUCAAAGCCCAGAUCAGCUACUCAUACGACUACGCAUGUUUCGCAUGAAAUCAAUUCGGGCAAUACGUGUCCUAAUUGUCAUCACCCAAUGCCGAUGAUGAGUGCACCUAUUGUUGAUACUUUUCAGUCUACUUUACAAAGAGCAUUUCCUAAGGCUUAUAAUCUAGAAGAAUUUAUCUUUCGCACGAAGCAAACAUUGGUUCCUAAAGGCUUCUAUCCUCAUGUGAAUACUUUCGUUUGUGUUGGUUUGUGUCGCGAUGAAAUCACCAGCCCUUUUGAAGAAGAAGUUGAAGCUAUGUGGGGUCAAGCAUUCAUUUGUGGUUCCCUCGGUGGCAUGUUGUUUUGUGGUAAAACUGGCUUCGCUGCUGCGCAUCAUCAUGCACCUGAAACUGCUCGUAUUGUUUAUUACUGUUUUACACAUAUUGCCAUUGAUCAUGAAGGAACGAUUGGUACUGUUUAUAGAACACGCAGUGGCAUGAACGAAAAAACAACGGCAUGUGGAGCACUCGCUGCGUUUACUUCGGAAAUUGCUUCGAAUAAGUUGAAUCUUCAUUUUGAUGAAGAGGAUAUUGAAAUGAGUAUGUUAAAGAAGCACAUAAUUAAGGCGACCGGUCUUUCGACCGAUCCCAAAAAUGCUCCAGAUUUACUUGCGGUGACAAUGGCUGCUUAUGAAACAAUUACCCUUGAUUUAGAAAGACAUGCUAAGCAUGAUGCAGAAAAAUUCAAAGAGCGUCAAUAUGCACUGUUCACUGGCGUUCAAAUCCAUGGACCAGAUGGGUCCGACUAUUGUUGGCUGGGAAAAGCAAGUUUAAUAAUUAAUGGAGUACAAUCACCUUUGGCUCUUAUCACAAAUACUGCUUCUUCGUCGCGGCCUGGCACGGCAACCGGUGGACACUGA